GCUGGCUGCUGGCUGCUGGUGCUGGUGCUGGUGCUGACACCCAAACACCCCCGGCUCAUGUCGACCAAGACGAAGGGCCGCCGCCUGAGCGGCUGGAAGGCGGAGGACGCGCAGAAUCUCAUCGAGGAGAACGACGACGAGUCGGAGCGCGUCGCCGCCGCCAGGCAAAAAAGCGAGGAGGCGGAGCGCCUCGCGCAAAAGGCGCGGUCGCCGUUCAAGGAGACGCCCAACCGAAAGGCGCGGACGGCUGUGCUCACCGACAUGUACUCGGACGCGAUACAGAUGUGCGCCGAGAACAAAAUCAACGAGAAGAACACCUGGGCGCUCGACCUGAUUGACCACAUGGGACGGAUGAUCGAGCAGCCUUCGGCGGCCGGACAGUUCGCCUCCUCCACCCUCGACGCGGGCGUGAAGAUUUACGCGUACCGCGUCGACUCGGUCUACAACGAGACCUACAAGCUCAUCGGCGGGCUGAAUCGCGCAAAGGGCGGUGAGGUGGCGGACGGGGCGCUCGACACCGACUCCGUGGCGGACGCCGGCGCGCCGGAGGGUCCCGGCACCAAGGAGGCACGGAAGCCGCGCCGCGCCAAGCCCCCGAGCAGCAACCUCGAGGCGAACCCGGCGUCGCUCGAUCUCAAGAAGCUGGAGAUGUCCUUCGAGGUUGACCCGCUCUUCCACCGCACGUCGGCCAAGUUCGACGAGGGCGGCGCAAAGGGGCUCCUUCUCAUCAACCUCGCU